AUAUGAGCGGCAUUUCACCCCCAACGUCUCAUUAGCCCCAUCAUCAAGUCACAGAACCACAUCAGAUGAGGAAGAUGAAGUCCGUGACAAGGAAGUGCCGUCCAAACCCAGAGCCAACGGAGGACAUCGUUUUUUGUCAGAUCUGGCUGUUAGCAAGUUGACUCUGCGGGGUUGUAAACCAGAUGCCCCGAUUAAAGAUAGCCAUGAUUAUGAUCUGCCUACAGACACGGAUGAUUCCAGCAUGGCUUCGCCCGCAGAUAGCUGCAAAGAAAUGUGUGUUUCGGAUAUCCCUGUCUAUAAGAGCACCCUGCAGCAGGAGAUGGACAUGAUCCGCUCCUUGUUGGACGGGAAGAUUGAUCCCACACCUGAGGCUCGCUGCCACUUCCUCCAGCAGUACUGCAGGCUGAGGGCCAGAACUGAGGAGGCCAUACAGUGGCUGUUACGUACUCACAGGGACAUGAAAAGGAUAAAGAGUGAGUUUAAAAGCUUGACCAUGGAGAAGGAGUAUGCCUUGAAGGAAGCCAGGGCACUUAGUGAUCCCGCAUACUAUCACAAGUUUAACCUGGGACUGGAAAGCCGAUACAGAAGUAUUGAAUCCCUGUAUCACAAAGUCUGCCAAGAAAACCACUCCCUGCAGCGUGAACUAUCCAUCCUGGCAGAAAAAUCUGCGUCUGCCAAGUAUGCGGAUGGUGUCCAUAAAUCGCUGAAAUCUCAUCUGAAGAUGGCCUUGGACUUGACUGUCCCGUCAGAAGCGGACGCCUCAAACAAGAAGCAAAGUUCACAUAUGAAAAAGGAAGCCAGCAUUACAGUGGAUUAA